AUGGCCAACAUACAAAGGGUUGUUGAGGAUGAAGUAGAUACAGAACCAGAAAUGGAUUCAGAACUAGAUGAUGCACAAGUAGAAGAAGAAACAGAGGAGGGAGAGGAAAAAGAAACAGAGGAGGGGGAAGAAGAAGAUAUAACAAAACUUCUUGAACCAUUCAGUAAAGAACAGCUGGUUGGUAUAAUUCUUUCAGUGUCGACACAAAACAGAGAAAUCAUUCAAGAAAUUCGUAGAAGAGCUGAUCAAGAUCCAUCUCAUUGUACGUUGUUUGUUCAUGGAUUAGAUUGGGAAACAACAGCAGAUCAACUCAACGGGAUUUUCUCAACUUAUGGUGAUAUCAUGCAAUGUAGAAUUGUUGCUGAUAGAAACACAGGGAAAUCUAAAGGGUAUGGUUUUAUACUAUACAAGCAUCGAAAAUCUGUUUUGAAAGCUUUGAAAGAGCCUUCAAAAAAGAUCGGUAAUCGAACGGCGAUUUGCCGCUUAGCUACAAAUCAACAACAGCAGAGGAAAAUAUUUGUAGGUAAUGUAGAUUCUCAGAUUUCGAUUAUGAGACUACACUCGUUUUUUUCCAAGUAUGGGGAAAUCGAAGAAGGUCCUUUGGGGUCUGAUAUGAAUACCGGGAGAUUUAAAGGGUUUGCGUUGUUUAUAUAUAAAACUGUUGAUGGAGCAAGAAGGGCUUUGGAAGAACCAAUUAAGCGGCUUGAUGGAUGUAUAUUGUAUUGUCAAAUGGCUACUGAUCAAAGGCAAAAAAUUGGUUCUGCUGGAGGUGGUGGUUUUAGUCCAUAUGCUGGUGUUAAUGCUCAAAAUGGGGUUGCACAGCCUUAUGGUCAGGGGAUUAAUCUCGGUGCUGCUGCUCAACCGUAUGGCCAAGGGAUUCUCGGUGGUGCUGCGCAGCAUUACGGUCAGGGGAUUCUCAGUGGUGUUGACCGACCUUAUGGUCAGGGAAUUCUCCGCGGAGGUGUGCAACUUUACGGUCAGGGGAUUCUCGGUGGUGCAGCGCAACCUUAUGGCCAAGGAACUCAAAAUGUUGAAGCUCUGUUAGCUGCCUCUGGGGAUGGUCCUGCUAAGAGACGUGGUUCAGGUUAA